AUGUCGUCGAAUCUCCCAUACACCUGCAACACCUGCCUCGUUGCGUUCCACCGCAGCGAUGCGCAGAGGGAUCACAUGCGCAAGGACUGGCACUUGUACAACAUGAAGCGCAAGGUCGCCAGCCUCCCACCUGUGACCCAGGAAACAUUUAACGAGAAGGUCCUUGCCGCCAAGGUCAACUCUACUGAGGCCGCCGCCAAGGCUGCUUUUGAGAAGAGCUGCCACGCCUGCCAAAAAGCCUUUUUCAGCGAAAACUCCUACCAGAACCACGUCAACAGCGCCAAGCACAAGCAGCGUGAGGCCCGCCUCAGCAAGGAGGGUGACAAUGCUUCGGUUAUGAGCUCGGCCUUCUCCCUUGGAGAGCCCGUUGGCAAGGCACACGAUGAUGUUUCCAACGUCGCUGAUAACCUUAAGGCGGCAACCAUUGCAGAGGACAAUGAGGAUAAGGAGGACGAGGAGAUGGACGAAGAGAAGGAUGAGUUCUCCGCAUCUGAGUGUCUUUUCUGCCGUACAGAGUCUGCCGAUGUUGAGGCCAAUGUUGAGCACAUGUUCAAGAACCACGGCAUGUUUAUUCCGGAGCGCAAAUACCUGGUCAACCUCGAGGGUUUGAUCAACUACCUCUACCGCAAGAUCAACGAUAACCACGAAUGUCUCUACUGCCAUGCUAUCCGCAACAAUGCCGAAGGCGCCCGCGCCCACAUGCGUGACAAGGGUCACUGCAUGAUCGCAUUCGAGGCCGAGGAGGAGCAGAUUGAGAUUGGCCAGUACUACGACUUCCGCAGUACCUACUCUGACGACGAGGAGGAGUGGGAGGAUGAGGAUGAGACCAUGGCUGAGGCUGGUGGUGUGAAGGUCUCGUCAUCGGAUGCCGAUGAGGCAGGCUGGGAAACCGAUGCCUCCUCUGUGGACGAUGACGAGAUUGAUUCCCGCCGCAAGGCGCCCGUCAUCUACCAGGAUGAGUACGAGCUUCACCUGCCCUCCGGCAAGAGUGUUGGUCACCGCUCGCUCGCCAAGUACUUCCGCCAGAACCUGCACAACUACCCCAGCCCUGACGAGCGGGCUACCCGCCAACUUGCUAUUGAGAAUGGCGAGAUCGAAGAAGAUGAGCAGAAGUCUCGUGGCCGCAACCAGAAGCGUGCUCUCAUUACUCGCGCCAAUGGUGGUGAUGGUCUGAUGACUGCCACCACUGAGCAGAAGAAGACCGCUAUGGUCAAGGAGCGUCGUGAGCACACUCGCGCAGCCCGCGCUGAGAACAGAUGGCGCGCUGGUAACGAGAAGCAAAACAACCACCAAAAGCACUUCCGUGAUCCUCUUCUGCAGUGA